AGAGAGAUAGAGAGCGAUACUACUUGUCCGCAGAAGUUUUUCGGGGCGUCUGGGAAUGUUUGUGCACCAACGCGCGACGCAGCAGUUAGAACGCCUGUAACUGACAGCGCGAGACACUCUGCAUUCUGCAUCGUGUUACGUCCUUUUGCGAGACCUCCUGCCUACUGGAACGAUCUGAUGAUGAUUUGAAGAACUGCAGCAGUUUUCCAGUGAACCUGUUUACCAUCCAGCACUUAGUUGUCCCCCUCUGCUGCUGCUGAUCUGCGGAUAUUAUAGCAUCAGUGCUCCAGACAAAAUGGCUUCCACAGUGAGAAAAUGUCUGCACCUGUUUUUAGCACUCAUCCUUAUCCCUUUGAUCUACUGCAUGCAUCCAGACUGUGUCAUUCAGUUAGAGAAAGAGAAGUGCAUGGAAAGGAUGGCCAUGGAUGACCCCAGCAGUGAACCUGAAUUAGGCUGCCGAUGGAUGUGGGACAACCUUACUUGUUGGCAGCCAGCAAAAAUUGGACAAGUGGUCUGGAUGUCCUGUCCCGAGCUAUUUGAAGUCAUGAAUGAAGAAAAUGACGAGUUUGGAAAAGUGAGUCGUAACUGCACCGAGUAUGGCUGGUCGGAGAUGUUCCCUCACUACGUUGAUGUUUGCCCUUUUAAUGAAAAUGGAACAACUCCAGACAUGUACUAUGUGUCUGUAAAGGCUCUGUACACUGUGGGCUACAGCACUUCACUGGUGUCUCUCACCACUGCCAUGGUCAUUCUCUGCAGGUUCAGGAAGCUACAUUGCACCAGGAAUUUCAUUCAUAUGAACUUGUUUGUGUCCUUCAUCCUGAGGGCCGUCUCAGUCUUCAUUAAAGACGGCAUUUUAUAUGCAGAGGAGGACAGCAGCCAUUGCUUUACACACACCGUGGAGUGUAAGGCGGUGAUGGUAUUUUUUCAUUAUUGUGUUUUGUCAAACUACUUCUGGCUGUUCAUCGAGGGAUUGUAUCUCUUUACUCUGCUCGUUGAGACAUUCUUUCCAGAGAAAAGAUACUUCUACUGGUACACCAUUAUUGGAUGGGGUACUCCAACAAUAUGUGUGGCUGUCUGGGCUGUCUUAAGAGCUCAUUUUGAUAACAUUGGUUGCUGGGAUAUUAAUGACAAUGCUGCCAUCUGGUGGGUGAUCAAGGGUCCUGUUCUCGCCUCCAUCAUGAUCAACUUUAUACUCUUUAUUGGCAUCAUUAUAAUCCUGGUGCAGAAGCUUCAGUCUCCAGAUAUUGGAGGGAAUGAGUCCAGCAUUUAUCUGCGUCUGGCCCGCUCCACUCUUCUCCUCAUUCCUCUAUUUGGAAUCCACUAUACCAUAUUUGCGCUCACACCAGAAGAUGUCAGCAAGAAAGAAAGACUCGUGUUUGAACUUGGUCUUGGUUCUUUUCAGGGCUUUGUUGUAGCUGUUCUUUACUGCUUUCUCAAUGGAGAGGUGCAGUCAGAAAUCAAGCGAAAAUGGCGCAGCUGGACGGUGAACCGGUAUUUCGCCGUGGAUAUGAAGCACAGGCACCCGUCCCUGGCCAGCAGUGGUGUGAAUGGAGGCACGCAGCUCUCAAUCCUCAGCAAGAGCAGCUCACAGAUACGCAUGUCCAGCCUGCAGGCGGAAACACCAGCCACAUGAGCGCUCAGAGGAACAGACUGAAGACCAAACUCCUCAAAACUAGAGCUAUCAAUAAUCUGUCAACAUCCAAGUCCCGUUUCAUCUUCUUUAAAGUCUGUGUUGUGUCGGUUGAAGCUGUAAUAUCUGCCAACCGUCCAUAGAUGACAGGCUUUUGCUAUGGUACUCUAACCAAUGAUCUAUUGUGAGCCAAGCAAACAUGGAUACUUUUGAUGUGGACGUAUUGGAUUUGAUCUGAACUGAAAGGAGUUGCAGGCCAAGAGGAGGUAAAGAAUCCCUAGCAAUCCAGUGUUUAGGAGUGUUUCCAUCCAGCAAGCUGAAGGUCUUGAACAAGGUGGAUAUAUUUGUACAUAUCAACGUUACAGGAGUCUCUCAUGCUUUCUUUUCUCUGUCUGUGAAGAUUCGUGACAGUUUGAGAUUCUCAAUAUUUCAUCAUCAAAAAAUAAAGCAGUUGAACAGGAUGA